GGAGGCUACUCUGUUUUCUCUCUCUCCCUGGAUCCGUCUGAAUUCCGGACAGAUUUGGAUCGUCUGAGACCCGGGGCAAUUGCCCCAGUUGCCGGGGGACCUUGGUCAGGAGACUCAACCCAUAUCGGAUUCGCGUCAAAAGAAGAAUAGAUUAAACUGGCACAUAUAGUCCGUGUGAGCUGCCAAAGCAGCACUUAGCUUUCCAUCGAAUUAGAUUGAUCGUCUCUUCUCUGCAGGAAUUCGCUUGAGGAAACGAAAAGCAGGCAAUGUUGACUUUCUCAAAAAUCGUGGACUCUGCAGUGAAAAGAAAGGACAGGAUUUUAGUUAUGAAACUGUAAAGCAGAGUAGAUGGAUCCCCAAGCAGAAGCCUUGGGCAAGUGUUUUCUUAAGGGCUUUUUUUUUUUCUCCCUGUGGUCCUGUUGCUAGGAUUAAGCUUUUUGCAGUGCAGCAUGGAGAGUCUUUUGUUUGAGUUAAAUUCAGACCUCUCAGUAUGUCACCUGACAGUCUUGUGGUUUUGGAUGAAUAUGGUUCCUUGCUAUUAUUAACCUGGGCUGGCAGCCGUGCAUAAUUGGAGUUUUUAGGGAUUUCGGAAAGUGGAGCUCCUAAGGGGACAAAGAUGCAACUAAGCUGGCCUUUACCAGAGUUCGAUCCAAGCCAGAUCCGACUGAUAGUGUACCAGGACUGUGAAAGACGAGGGCGAAAUGUCUUAUUUGAUUCCAGUGCUAAAAGAAAAACUGAAGACAUAUCCGUGUCGAAGCUCUGUAGUGAUGCUCAAGUGAGAGUUUUUGGGAAAUGUUGUCAACUGAAACCUGGAGGCGACAGCUCUUCUUCUUUGGAUAGUUCCAUUAACUCGUCAUCUUCGGAUACAAAAGAACAGUGUCCCAAAUACCAAGGUUCUCGGUGUUCUUCUGAUGCUAACAUGCUUGGAGAAAUGAUGUUUGGCUCUGUGGCAAUGAGCUACAAGGGAUCUACUCUAAAGAUUCAUCAAAUCCGUUCCCCACCCCAGCUUAUGCUUAGCAAAGUUUUUACUGCGAGAACUGGAAGCAGUAUCUAUGGAAGUCUAAACACGUUACAAGACAGUCUCGAGUUCAUUAAUCAGGACAAUAAUACAUUAAAAGCAGACCAUAAUACUCUCAUCAACGGGCUAUUUGGAAAUAUAGGUCUUUCACAGCUUUGCAGCCCUAGGCGGGCAUUCUCUGAGCAAGGUCCGCUCCGCCUGAACAGGAGUGCCUCUUUCUUUGCAGUUCACAGCAACCCCAUGGACAUGCCUGGGAGAGAGCAGAGUGAGGAUCGAGACAGCGGCAUAGCACGCUCUGCUUCUCUCAGCAGCUUGCUCAUCACUCCAUUUCCCUCCCCAAACUCCUCACUGACCAGAAGCUGUGCGAGCAGUUAUCAACGGCGAUGGCGACGCAGCCAGACCACGAGUUUAGAGAACGGUGUCUUUCCUCGGUGGUCUGUCGAGGAGAGUUUUAAUCUUUCAGAUGAAAGCAGUGGCCCUACCCCAGGCAUUGUUAGGAAAAAGAAGAUUGCAAUUGGGGUCAUCUUCUCACUCUCCAAAGAUGAAGACGAAAAUAGCAAAUUUAACGAGUUUUUUUUUUCGCACUUUCCUCUCUUUGAGAGCCACAUGAACAAACUAAAGAGCGCGAUUGAGCAGGCUAUGAAAAUGAGCCGGAGGUCAGCUGAUGCCAGUCAGCGGAGUCUGGCUUAUAACCGAAUUGUCGAUGCCCUAAAUGAAUUCAGAACAACAAUUUGUAACCUUUACACAAUGCCUCGGAUUGGAGAACCGGUCUGGCUUACGAUGAUGUCCGGGACGCCGGAAAAGAAUCAACUUUGCCAUCGUUUUAUGAAGGAGUUUGCCUUUUUAAUGGAAAACGCUUCCAGAAAUCAAUUCCUACCAGCUCUCUUGACCGCAGUCCUGACCAAUCAUCUUGCCUGGGUUCCCACAGUCAUGCCCAACGGCCAGCCACCCAUUAAAAUCUUCCUAGAAAAACAUUCCUCGCAGAGCGUAGACAUGCUGGCAAAGACUCAUCCAUACAACCCACUGUGGGCACAAUUGGGAGACCUGUAUGGAGCUAUCGGCUCACCUGUGAGAUUAGCGAGAACAGUGGUGGUUGGCAAGAGACAAGAUAUGGUGCAAAGAUUGCUUUAUUUUCUUACCUACUUUAUAAGAUGCUCCGAGCUCCAAGAGACCCACCUUCUGGAGAACGGCGAAGACGAAGCCAUAGUCAUGCCGGGCACCGUUAUCACCACCACCCUGGAGAAAGGCGAAGUGGAAGAAUCUGAAUACGUGCUCAUCACAAUGCACCGAAACAAGAGCAGCUUACUCUUUAGAGAUUCGGAAGAAACUGGGGCUCCUAGUUGUACCUGUAAAUAUUGCAAGUGCCCUCUUGUCGGGCCCAGUUUAGAGGGAGUUUCCCAGCAAGAGAGAGAUUUUCUCAGUACGUCAAAGGAGCUGCUGGAGACUUCUUCAGAGGAGUGCAGGAUCCCGUCUCCUUCCGGUUGCCAGGAAAAUGCUGUAGACAUUAAGCCGUGCAGAGAUCAACUGAGAACCUGUCUGGAUGCCAAGUUAGAGACCGUAGUCAGCACAGGCUCCACGCCCCUAGACAAGUGUGCGAUGGCUGAACCGAGCUCAGAGCCAACAGCAGAGGUGUGGAGAACCGAGGAGUCACUGGAUUCAGGGAGUCAGGCAGUCAAAGUAAUGCGAUCUGCAGGUAGAGCUGUGGAGAAGAAGCCCCCAGAUAAGCUCGUGUCGGCCGUGUUUUCUUGCGACCCGGCUCAGGCCAGGGUGACGUUCCUGAUCGGCGAUUCCAUGUCACCCGACUCUGAUACCGAGAUCCGAAGUCAAGCGGUGGUGGAUCAGAUCACAAGGCAUCACGUCAAGCCGGCGAAGGAGGAAAGGAUAGCUGCCGACGAACAUCGGGAAACGAAGCAAAUGAUUGAGGACCAAAUCAGAGACCCCGGGAUAAAUGAAACAUUUCCCAGUGUCCCCAGGGAACUUCCAAAUUGUAAUCAUUCAAAUACAGAAAACAUGAGUUUAUUCGAUGAAUAUUUCAAUGACGACUCAAUUGAAACUAGGACUAUCGAUGAUAUUCCAGUUAAAACAGGCACAGACAUUUUAGAGCGCUGUAGCGGGGUAGAUUUUUCUAAAAGAUUGUGUACUAAGAACAGCCAACAGCCCAAUGAAUUUUGUAAAUUCUUGGACUCUGUUCACCAGGAUUCGUGCAAAGACUGCUUUCCUCAGCAGGACCAAAGAGACACAAUCUCUAUUCACGUCCCCCAUGGGGACAAGGAGAAUGUAGAGAAAAAAAUGGCUGCAGGAACUGACUGGGACAUUCCGAGAAACGAAAGCUCAGACAGUGCCCUGGGGGACAGCGAGAGUGAAGAGGUGGGGCACAACGUAUCCAGGCAGAGCAACCGUUACUAUGGCGGAGAGCAAGAAGAAUGGACAGAAGAGGAUGAAAUCCCUUUCCCUGCGUCAAAAUUAAUCGAAGUGAACUCUGUCAAGCCCAACAUAGCUAAUUUUGGAAGGUCCCUACUGGGUGGCUACUGUUCGUCUUAUGUUCCAGACUUUGUUCUGCAAGGAGUGGGAUCUGAUGAAAAGCUUCGGCAGUGUUUGGUAUCCGACCUGUCCCACGCCGUUCAGCAUCCCGUGCUGGACGAGCCCAUUGCGGAAGCCGUCUGCAUUAUCGCAGACAUGGACAAGUGGACAGUGCAAGUGGCCAGUAGCCAGAGACGGGCGUCAGAUAACAGAUUGGGAAAGGAAGUGCUCGUGUCCAGUCUGGUCUCCGGCCUAUUGCAUUCCACCCUUCAGCUAUACAAGCACAAUUUAUCUCCAAAUUUUUGUGUCAUGUACCUGGAAGAUCGGUUGCAAGAGCUGUAUUUCAAAAGCAAAAUGCUGUCCGAGUAUCUGAAAGGACAGAUGCGAGUUCACGUCAAGGAGCUUGGCAUGGUGCUGGGAAUUGAAUCCAGUGACCUUCCUCUUCUGGCAGCUGUUGCAAGCACUCACUCACCAUAUGUUGCUCAGAUACUCCUUUAAAAUGCCAAAAGGCAAAGACUUUACUUAUUAGAAGACAAGGAAACAGACACACACACAGUAUUCUUGUGCUGACUUCUCUGCCUGGAGCAACUGAACCAAUCAGCUGGUUGAGCCGAUUGAGCCACCUAAUCAGCACAUUGUACAAUAUUUUAUGACUGUUUUCUUUUGCCUCGACCAUUAGUUUUUUAAAAAGUCAAGUAAAACCUAGCCAGGAUUAAUAAUAGUGGUAAGAGCAUUUGGAGAGACCCAAGUUAAGUCACUUGGAAACUUCUGCAAUGAUGGAUAACAAUGAACAAUUUAAAAUGGAAACUGAAAUGCUUGCUACAGUGUUGCCGAGGAGGAAGAGAGGAGGAGGAGGAGGAGGAAGCAACCGUCUUGUGACUGAGUGCCCAGAUGUACAAUUUUCCAAUCUUAACUCUUAAGGAACACUGAUUUGUUUUUCCACCAAAUUGGCUGUUUCUGGCUGUUGCUCAAAGCAAGUGGUUUUUUUAAACUGUUUAAGGCUCUUAGGUAAAAGUCAUUUAUGAACAGCUGGUUAAUGACUGAGCUUAGAGAAAUAUAUAUGUUGGAGUGUAAUACAUACACACACCUGUGCAAAUUGAUAUUUGUUUUCCAAGAGGGAAAAGACAAGUAGAGAAAUACAGUGUGUAAAUGCGAUCGAUCGUUUCCUUUUUUGUGCGUGUUUUAACUAGUAUUAAUUGUUUUUAACAUGGAAAUGUAACUUUAUGGUGAUGCUUUUGUUUCACUUUUUUUUGAGACAAGAAAAGCAGACUUGUUUUUUAAAGGCUGAGGAGUUUGGGGUCCCCAAAAGGCAAGAAUACUAUUGUUCAACUUGAUUUCUGUUAGUUUAAGUUCAUCCUUGAAACAGCUUAUUGUUUCACAGCAGGGGCAGCUAGUGGAAUAAUAAAAACUGGGAUUUCAAAAAGUACCAAAGUGUUGGCAAAAAAUAAUAAAGGGACUAUUAUCCUUAAAAAUACUCAGGUAAAAAAGAGAUCAGUCUUUCAGAGUCACCCCUUAGAAAUUGAGUGGGAACUGGACCUUUAGUGCAUUGUUUUUUAGUAAUGUCAAAACCAUUUUAAUAACCCAGGACUUAAAAUUAUUCUGAUCGUUUUCUAUAAACUCUGGAAUUUACCAGCAGACCAUCCUAAUCAGUUUCAGUGGAUUUCCAUUCUUCAGAUGUCAUUGACUGUGUAUAUACCAUACACUUGCGCAUUGCUUGUAGGAAUAGCUGACGUGGAACCAAACUGUUGUAAGUAAUGUAAAUACCGUAGGUGGGUGGAUAAAGUUUUCAACAUGCUCUACUACCUCAGUGUAAUCGAAGACUGCAUUGUCACAUAACUUCAUUGAUCUCCCAUGUUGCAGAUUCUGGUCAUUUGUGCUCAUGUUUGCGUUGGGGUUCUCCAUUCCCUCCUCAGCAUCUGGGAGGGCAUUAGCGACACCGCUCUCCAGAGAGACCCCAUUCCCCAGCUUUUCUCUGUUUUCUGGGGGUAGGAAGACCCCUGGACUAAGGAGGGUAGGUGUACCCUUUAUUCCCUCUUGCCAAUCGAUCGUCCAAAAGACCCUCGAUAUCCUUGUUCAUUGGGUGUCCAAAGCACUUCCCGUCCUGUAAAUACGCCUCCGCUUUCUUUAAAGAUCUCCUCGCUGAUUUGUGUAAUGAGUUGUCUCUGAAAGUUUGCAGUUACUUUAACCUUGAUUUUAUAGGGCUCCUUUUGUCUUCGAUCUAAAAGUGUUUCAUGUAUAAGCAGUUAUUUUUACUUAUAUAAAAGUUUAUUAUAAUGGAGUGUUGAAAUCUAAUCUUUAUGCCAACCGUGAAGCCUGUUUAUGCAGAUAACUAGACUGCUCCAGAUAGGUCUUUGUGAUCUUAUUUGAAGAUACUUUUUCCCAUUUCUGACCUGUUUCUUAUACUCUCUGCUAGCCAUCAUCUGGGGUUUGGAAAACACAUUCAGACACUGACUGUCAACCCAGAUUACCUUCUGCUAGAAUGCAGAAUAUUGAGAAGGAUUGAAAUUCUAGGUACUCUACAUUUUGCCUGCGGUGACAGAAUUGAUUGUAGUGCAAAAUAACACAAACCAAAUUUCUGAAUUUUAAAGCAAAAAAAUUGCCCAUUUCCAAAACUGGGCAUUAAAUCUUCUUUGAGUAUUUAUUUUACGAUGUAAUUUGAAAAUUGGACCUGAGGGUGAAAUGGAUGACCUCUACCUAUUACUACUACUUCUACCACCACCAGUUACUACUUCUACUACUGCUAUUACUACUACUACCACCAUUAAUAUUUCUCCAGUACUACAGAAAAUAAGGUUAAUUGGUGAAGGCAAUCCUUUCUGAAGUUUCUUGGGCCCAUAAGGUAACAGUGCCAUCUGUCAGCUCCAGUUCUUCUCUGGGGUCACGCACUCUCAAUGUGGGUCCCGAUUACUGAGCUUUUGGAGACUGUGACCUUUGCCCAACUUUGUUACAGAGCCACCACUUUGGAAGGCGUUUUAGCCUAGUUUGGUCAGAUUUUGUCAUCUAACCUUCCCCUUAUGGUACAAACAGAAACUGGUACGUACCAAAACAAACGAAAAAGGGAUCUUUUAACAACAUUAUAGUAUUGACUUAAUUAUUUGUUUUCUCUUUGUAUAAGAACUAAUCUUUUUGAUUUAAAAUAUUCCCUACCUUCAUUAAUAUGUCUUAAUUAUAAGGCUGAAAUGGUUAAGUGCACUAAACAUAUAUUCUAGUAGAUUUAUUUUUGUUGCAAGCAGCGAACACUGGGAUGCUCGGUCAAAAGAAAAUAAAGAAAAACAGGAUUUUACACAUUGCAUACUCUUUCCUAUUAGCUCCAGUAGAUGUUUUAUGACAAUUUUCUGCUUUCUCUAAAUUAUUUAGAUGGCGGUCUGUGUAAAAUGCUGGGUAAAAUGUACAUACUUGUUAUCUCUUAUUUUGUAUAUAUUUCUCAAAUGUGCACUUGUAUUAUAAUAACCAUUCCCAAUUUUAGGGAAAAUUUGUGCAAUAAAUUCAGUACGUCAA